AUGAUUGAAGAUAUCCUUGUGGGCAUGACGCCCGGACGGGCAUCACUAUGGUGCUUGGGGCUUUUCAUUCUCUUCUGUCUAUUUCGCAAGGUCCAGGCCUCUAUGCAAAUUUCACGUCUUGGAGCCAGGGCCCCCAUGAUCAAAUUCCGGCUCCCUUAUGCCCUGGAUUUUGUCUACAAAGGCCAACAAGCAAACCUGGCCCAUCGCGAUAUCGAAUUCUGGAAUAACUCUAUCGUCACCGCAGGCGGCCAGUCAAACUGCAAAACCGCCGAGCUAGACGCCGGGGUCUCCACCCGCAUCGUGAUGACUACGGAUCCAGAGAACAUCAAAGCGCUGCUCACGGGCCAGUUCGCAGACUACGGCAAAGGAGAGACUUUCCACCGCGAGUGGAAGGAGUUUCUGGGUGAUAGCAUCUUCGCCACGGACGGAGAAUUGUGGUCUCGUUCGCGACAGCUCAUCCGGCCGAUGUUCGCGCGUGAGCGCAUUGUUGAUACCGAGAUCUUUGAGAAGCAUGUGCAAAAACUUAUCCCCCUGCUCGGAGGGAGUGAUGCCCCGCGCGGAAGCAAGGUUGUCGAUGUCGGCUCACUGUUCUAUCGAUAUACCCUCGACGCAGCGACGGAUUAUCUGCUUGGCAAUGGCACAGAUAGUCUUGAGAACCCGGCUACGAAAUUUGCGGAGGCAUUUAGAUAUGUGCAACAACGGCAGUCGCAGAUUUUCCGAUUUGGGAUCUUCGGCGUUUUCCUGUCUCGCAAGCAGUUCCGCAGGGAUCUCAAGGUGAUGGAUGACUUUAUCCAGCCCUACAUCCAACAUGUUCUCUCACUCACCCCCGAGGAACUUGACCAGAAGCUUUCGAAACGGGAUACCUUCCUCGACGCACUGGCUCGGUUCACCCGCGACCCGCGAGUGUUGCGCGAUCAGCUGGUAGCAAUUCUCCUCGCUGGCCGCGACACCACAGCUGGCACAUUAUCCUUCUGUCUGUUUGAACUCGCACGACACCCAGAGGUAGUUGCCAAACUGCGCGAAGAAAUUCGGGAACGCCUAGGUGUCGGCGCCAAUGCCCAGAAACCCAGCUACGCAGACUUGAAGGACAUGAAGUACCUCAACGCCGUACUCAACGAGACUAUGCGCGUUUACCCAGUCGUCCCAUUCAAUGUGCGCUACUCACUGAAGGACACCACACUCCCCCGUGGCGGUGGACCGGACGGACUGGCCCCCGUUGGUGUGCGCGCCAACACGCGCAUAAUCUACUCGACGAUGCUGAUGCAGCGCGAUGCCGAUCUAUACGAUGGACCAGACUCGGCCAACUACUUUGACCCCGGGAAAUGGAUUCCCGAGCGCUGGACAUCUGGCUGGAAUCCUCGGCCCUGGCACUUUGUUCCGUUUAACGGCGGUCCACGCAUUUGCAUCGGGCAGCAGUUUGCGACUAUUGAAAUGGGAUAUACCAUUAUCCGGAUCUUGCAGAUAUAUGAGCAAAUUAUUGCCCUGCCUGCUAGCGGAAAGGAACGUGUUGAGGAUCCAAUGUUGCAGUUUGAGGUUACUCUGAGUCCUGGGUCGGAGUUCAAUUGUGUGUUUGUCAAGGAGGGCGAGGAUGCGACAAAGUAUGGGUCUAAAGGUGUCGCUGCUUGA